AUGACGGAUAUAACGAAACCCAACUUGCCGCAAGCUGAUGCUGCAGUCCUCGCGUCCGAUAAGCCUGUAGAUCCAGAAGUGAAGCAAGAUGUUCGCCCACUUGUCCCAAGAGGGCCCCCGAUGCACCAAAUAUAUGCCCUACCUGCUCCCAUUCGUACAUUUCCCUUGCCCAACUUCUAUCCUAGCAAUCCCCUUUCACUCUUGCAUCUCAUCUAUGCAUGGGUAAGGCAGACUGUGUCGCCUCCACGGCACGAGCCGGCCGUUGUCCAUCAGGGCAUCUGGUCUCCCAACACAAGGUCGGUCCAUAUCAAGGAUCCAAAGUCAAUUAGAGCCUUGUGGGAGCAGGGUUUCUUCGGCAAGGGACUUUACAGCCGGAGUGAGCCAAACUGGCUCAAACGAGAACAAGCCCGGCAGGGCAAGCAUGAGGAUCAUGUUGCCGAACUGUACACUACCCAGAGGCGUGAAGAACGGAAACUGAUGAAGUGGGAGCGGGCUCGGAAAGAGCAGGAGGCAAUAUCAAGAACACGGCUGCAGGAAGCCUGGGUUGGCCCUGUUGGACCUAAGGAGUUGUUGGCCUUGCCCAACUCACAGCGAGACCUGCAGCUCACCUCAUUGAUUGACUUGCCUGACGAGGAUGAGGGGAUUCUAGCCAGUGGUCCGACGAACUUGACCAGUGCUAAUGGGGACAAGUCUGAGGGACGCCCUAAUGGCAUCCUCAUGCCCUCGAGCCCUCUACCUGAUGUCAAUGGUGGGUCAAUGAUUGAGUCCGAGACCAGCACAUUCCCAACUCUGAACGGUGUGCAUACGGGUCCUUCGCCUACUGUUUCGGGCGCAUAUACACCCAAGGCAUCACCAGGCUGCAGUACAGUAGCCACGAAGCGUCGGAAGAGUGUGCGUUUCUCGCCCAAGGUAGAGUCGACCACCUUCCAUCUCUCGGAUCCGCCAAGCCCUGGCCAAGGCUUGCAGCCAAACGGCAAAGUCCCGAAUGGCUCUAUAACGAACGGCAAUUCGCCACUGUCCCAAGCAGUUGCCGAUGCGAUCCAUACCGAUUCUCUCGAGGAUGAGGUAUUUGGAAACAACUCAGAUCUAGCGAUCGAGAUUGUGGACCGAGAACACCUUCAACUCACCCUGGAAGAAGCUUUCUACCUUGUCUUCGCCCUCGGCGUCUUGACCAUCAUGAACCCCGUGACUGGGAAGUCUAUGACUGCGCCUGAACUGUUCACUCUUUGCCGGCAGCAGUCUUAUUUCCCUCCAAGAUCUAUGGGACUGCAGCCUGACGAUCCGUUCCUCAUCCAAUAUGCUGUGUACCACCACUUUCGAUCUCUAGGCUGGGUGGUCCGACCUGGUAUUAAGUUCGGUGUCGACUGGCUGCUGUACAAUCGUGGUCCCGUGUUCUCUCACGCUGAAUUCGCGGUGAUGGUACUGCCUGCGUAUACACAUGACUGGUGGAAGGCUGAGGGACGCCGGCCUCCCCAGAAGUCCUGGCACUGGUUGCACUCGAUAAACCGUGUGCAAUCCACAGCAUUGAAGACAUUGGUCCUCGUCUAUGUUGACAUACCACCCCGGUGUGAUGAGGAGCUCGAGCCAGCGACCAUCUUGAAGCAAUAUCGAGUUCGAGAAUUCAUCGUCAAAAGGUGGCUCAGCAAUCGCAACCGAGAUUGA